CUAACGUUAGCUAGCGCUGUAAUCCGAACGGGGGAGUUCAGGAACGCUGUGGAAUAGACGUAUCGAGCUAGCGACUUAUUGCUUACUGAAAUUAUUUCACGGUUAUAGGGAAUCCGUAAACAACUGGUAUACUAAACAACUUGUUUGGUAAGUCAUUGAAUUCGUGUUAUAGGACUAUGUUUGCAUGUUUUCCUCGCAGGCCUUCUUCAGGCUAGUUUGCAUAGCUAGCAAGCUAGCUAGUAGUAGCUAGCUACUUCUUGAUGUUUGAACACGAAUGGUCCUCAGUGAUUGUACCUGUUUGCUGCCGCAACUGGCCUACCACGGCAACAUUUGUGUAGGUAUUCCCAUAAAGUUGUCCCGCCGUAGCGCGAUGUUUGGCUAGUACAGGACUAGUACUGCCAACAUUUAAAGUUAGCUAGCUAACUAGAUCGCUAGUUACGUAACUUAGAUAGCUAUCAACAACGAUCGUUAAGUUAGCUAACGCGUUAACUAUCCUCUCGAUAGCUUGAUAUUUUGAUUGUGAAUUUUGAUUGUUAUCUAGUUACCAGUAGGUAGCUAGAUAGUUAACGUUACCUACCUAACCAAUGCUUGCUAUCUCACUGCUCAUGUUUGCCAGCAUCAUGAUAGCAAACUAGCUGUUUACUACAUAACUAACGUUAACUAGGUGGCACCGUUGGGCUGUUGUAAACAGCUAGCUUGCUAUCAUAAUGCUGGCAAAUAUUAGCAGUGAGAUGCUAACAAACGGAAUUGGUUAGCUAGCUAAACCUAAAAUUCCGCAAUAUGUCGACUGUGUUGCAACUGAGAGUGAACAAGACUAGGGCCUUGACAAAUCAUAGGAUUGGCGAGUUUGUAACUACCUCGAUAUUAGUUAUCAUAUAGUAAAACAUAAAGAAACAGACCAAAUCCAAAAUGGUCUGUAGCUACUGUUUUCUAAUUUAAGGGUGACAAAGAGGGGCUGUUAUAUAUAAGUUAUGGUUCUUGGCUGCUAGGCAGCUACAGUCUUAUCUCACUUACCCCGGUCCCUCUCACGAACCUGCCAAAUCAUGUCUCUCUUCAGACAGCUGCAUGGCUGGCACAAACGGUGGUCUCCCCUUUCUUUACCCACCUGAUCCCCUAGUUAAGUGUACAGUUGAGCCCCACCCACUGAAGGGGCCAUGACUCUCCAAAACAAAUCGACCCUCAUGAAUGUAGGGCAGUAUGAUGAACCAUAGAAAACUUCAGGCAUGUGUUUAUCAAGAGGGGCUCAAAUGUUUUUAAAACAGGAUGGUCACAAUAAUUUAUGUUGAUUCAGGGAUGCACUUGACAUUUUGAUUAGGUCAAUUGUUAGAGCCAAAACAUAAAUGCAUCUCAAUUCCUGCAAAUGAGGAGAAGUGUGCUCCAAGCUUCUUUGAUUUAUUCUUGAGUUAUAGUAAUCUACCAGAAAUUGGAUAUUACAUUGAAUCUCAACUGCCUCUGCAGUACUAGUAAGUGUUGUUUCGAGGCAAGGUUAAACAGUCUUUGUUUUGGCAAGGUUAGGAAGUUGAACACUCCAGAGGAUUAGGAUGUCUCAUUCAGCGUUGAAGUGCACUGUCUGGCUUUGUCUUCUUGGCAGGCAGCAUUUCGACCUACAUUUAUCAAAAUAAGAUUUGGAGCAUAAAUAUGUCAGUAAAGGUGUUGAUUUAGGCCUAUAUAAUUUCUCCUUUCACUAUAUUUGGAAGCUACUCCUUUGCUCCCACCUUUGAUCUUGAAGUCUCUCUAGAUAGUUCAUGCUAGCACUGCUCUUAACUACAGAAUGCCCCUCUUUGGUUAUGGUGUUUGUAAGAGGAAGCAUUUACUCAUUUGUCAUCCCUGGGCUCAGAUAGCCUAACUCAAGGUUGUAGGCAUUGAUGACAGGACUGCACUGCAUUAUUGUGAACAUGGUUGGGAAAGCAGAAGAGCUAGCCCAAGCAUCGGAAUUACUCUCAAAUUGAAACUAGUGACUGAAAACAGCAAAAUUGCACUUAUAAUGCUACACAGCAUUUUCCCCCAACAUUGCCCCUCCUCUCAGUGCCCAGGGAGACACCAGUGUAAGUGCCAUUCCCUCUACCCCUCCAUCCCAGAAUCAAUAAUCUGAACAUAAACAUGCUGAGCCUCCUCCUCAGGGUACACCAGUUGAGCAUAUUGUGUACAUGGCACGUGUACUGUUAUACAGGAGGCCUUGCUCAAUAAAGAAAACGGUUGUAGGACAGUAUGUCUAACAGUAUGAAUAACAACAAAAAAAUCCAGAAAAACGAAUGUCAAAAAUGUUAUAAAUUGAUUUGCAUUUUAAUGAGGGAAAUAAGUAUUUGACCCCUCUGCAAAACAUUACUUAGUACUUGGUGGCAAAACCCUUGUUGGCAAUCACAGAGGUCAGACAUUUCUUGUAGUUGGCCACCAGGUUUGCACACAUCUCAGGAGGGAUUUUGUUCCACUCCUCUUUGCAGAUCUUCUCCAAGUCAUUAAGGUUUCGAGGCUGACGUUUGGCAACUCAAACCUUCAGCUCCCUCCACAGAUUUUAUAUGGGAUUGAGGUCUGGAGACUGGCUAGGCCACUCCAGGACCUUAAUGUGCUUCUUCUUGAGCCACUCCUUUGUUGCCUUGGCCGUGUGUUUUGGGUCAUUGUCAUGCUGGAAUACCCAUCCACAACCCAUUUUUAAUGCCCUGUCUGAGGGAAGGUUUUGACGGUACAUGGCCCCGUCCGUCGUCCCUUUGAUGCGGUGAAAUUGUCCUGUCCCCUUAGCAGAAAAACACCCCCAAAGCAUAAUUUUCCACCUCUAUGUUUGACGGUGGGGAUGGUGUUUUUGGGGUCAUAGGCAGCAUUCCUCCUCCUUCAAACACGGCGAGUUGAGUUGAUGCCAAAGAGCUCGAUUUUGGUCUCAUCUGACCACAACACUUUCACCCAGUUCUCCUCUGAAUCAUUCAGAUGUUCAUUGGCAAACUUCAGACGGCCCUGUAUAUGUGCUUUCUUGAGCAGGGGGACCUUGCGGGCGCUGCAGGAUUUCAGUCCUUCACGGCGUAGUGUGUUACCAAUUGUUUUCUUGGUGACUAUGGUCCCAGCUGCCUUGAGAUCAUUGACAAGAUCCUCCCGUGUAGUUCUGGGCUGAUUCCUCACCGUUCUCAUGAUCAUUGCAACUCCACGAGGUGAGAUCUUGCAUGGAGCCCCAGGCCGAGGGAGAUUGACAGUUAUUUUGUGUUUCUUCCAUUUGCGAAUAAUCGCACCAACUGUUGUCACCUUCUCACCAAGCUGCUUGGCGAUGGUCUUGUAGCCCAUUCCAGCCUUGUGUAGGUCUACAAUCUUGUCCCUGACAUCCUUGGAGAGGUCUUUGGUCUUGCCCAUGGUGGAGAGUUUGGAAUCUGAUUGAUUGAUUGCUUCUGUGGACAGGUGUCUUUUAUACAGGUAACAAGCUGUGAUUAGGAGCACUCCCUUUAAGUGUGCUCCUAAUCUCAGCUUGUUACCUGUAUAAAAGACGCCUGGGAGCCAGAAAUCUUUCUGAUUGAGAGGGGGUCAAAUACCUAUUUCCCUCAUUAAAAUGCAAAUCAAUUUAACAUUUUUUACAUGCGUUUUUCUGGAUUUUUGUUGUUGUUGUUCUGUCUCUCACUGUUCAAAUAAACCUACCAUUAAAAUUAUAGACUGAUAAUUUCUUUGUCAGUGGGCAAACGUACAAAAUCAGCAGCGGAUCAAAUACUUUUUUCCCUCACUGUAGGCCUAGGCCUACUAGAUGUGACAAACAACCUCUGUGGGGAACUCAUGAGUGAAAGAGACAGGGACGCUUCUGUGAUGUAGCCUAGGCCUAGUGAAUCAUUUCUCAGAUCCAUGUUCUGACUGAAGUACUUCACUCUCAGCUACCCUGCUCACCCUGAUUUCAUUUUCAUAUUUUUAGUUUCCUAAUCAUCUAAGACCGAAUAUCUGACUAUCCUAUGUUGUCAAUUGGAUAGGGUGGCGGUGGGGCCAGAUUGCUGGAAUAGGCUGGGUAGAGUUUUGCUUUGUCUCUGCGGUGUGUGAGUUCAUUCUGAGAGGAUGGGGGGAUUGUAGGGAGGUGCAGCGUGCACCCCAAGGCAAUGCACACAGGAGCUGGUAAAAUGUCUGCAGUCCAACGGAAGAAGGCCUGACGAGUUUCAAAGGGAGACAGCCCUAGAUGCUGCGACUCAGCAGAGGUGUGAUGUACAGUACCACAGAUUAUGGUGUACUGGAGUCGUUAAUUUACUCAUGCAAACAGUCCUACUUGAUCUGAUGUGGAGGGGAAGUGAAAAGGGGACUUUGUCUGAGUUUCGAGUGCCUUUAGAAAGCACUUCGUUCUGUUGGCCUGUGUUGCAUGUUCAACUGAGGGGAUGUUUGGGCUGUGUUCCAAACACCUCCACAACUCUGCUGUGUGGUGAGCUGCGUCACUGGUUCAGGUGCUUUUAUGGUGUUUUGAUCAGAUGGAUGGUGUGCUUCACAACCCUUCCUUGUUCUGAGCCUAAGUAUCAUGUACAGCGGGUUGGGAUGGCUUUGGACUGAGAAUUCUAUUUCUAGCCUACCUACUGGUAACUACUGUCAUUCUUUCUCACACAUCCCCCACCUGUGCCAUUCCCCACCACAUACAGUGGUUUUUCUUCUGCUUUUGAGUUCUCCUUCCUUUUCCAUUACUUACUCAGUAGGUACAGUGCAUUCGGAAAGUAUUCAAACCCCUUGACUUUUUCCUCAUUUUGUUACGUUUACAGCCUUAUUCUAAAAUGUAUUAAAUAUUUUUUUUCUCAUCAAUCUACAUACGAUACCCCAUAAUGACAAAGCGGGAGCAGGUUUUAAGUUUUUUUGUAAAUGUAUUAAAUAACUAUUCAGAGCCUUUGCUAUGAGACUCGAAAUUGAGCUCAGGUGCAUCCUGUUUCCAUUGAUCAUCCUUAAGAUGUUUCUACAACUUGAUUGGAGUCCACCUGUGGUAAAUUCAAUUGAUUGGACAUGAUUUGGAAAGGCACACACCUGUCUAUAGAAGGUCCCACAGUUGACAGUGCAUGUCAGAGCAAAAACCAAGCCAUGAGUUCGAAGGAAUUGUCCAUAGAGCUCCGAGACAGGAUUGUGUCGAGGCACAGAUCUGUGGAAGGGUACCAAAACAUUUCUGCAGCAUUGAAGGUCCCCAAGAACACAGUGGCCUCCAUCAUUCUUAAAUGGAAGAAGUUUGGAACCACCAAUACUCUUCCUAGAGCUGGCCACCCGGCCAAACUGAGCAAUCAACGGAGAAGGGCCUUGGUCAGGGAGGUGACCAAGAACCCAAUGGUCACUCUGACAGAGCUCCAGAGUUCCUCUGUGGAGAUGGGAGAACCUUCCAGAAGGACAACCAUCUCUGCAGCACUCCACCAAUCAGGCCUUUAUGGUAGAGUAGCCAGACGGAAGCCACUCCUCAGUAAAAGCCACAUGACAGGCUGCUUGGAGUUUGCCAACAGGCACCUAAAGGACUGUCAGACCAUGAGGAUUCUCUGGUCUGACGAAACCAAGUGUCACGUCUGGAGGAAACCUGGCACCAUCCCUACGGUGAAGCAUGGUGGUGGCAGCAUCAUGCUGUGGGGAUGUUUUUCAGCGGCAGGGACUGGGAGACUAGUCAGGAUCGAGGGAAAGAUGAAUGGAGCAAAGUACAGAAAGAUCCUUGAUGAAAACCUGCUCCAGAGUGCUCAGGACCUCAGACUGAGGUGAAGGUUCACCUUCCAACAGGACAACGACCCUAAGCACACAGCCAAGACAACGCAGGAGUGGCUUCGGGACAAGUCUCUGAAUGUCCUUGAGUGGCCCAGCCAGAGCCCGAUCAAACAUCUCUGGAGAGACCUGAAAAUAGCUGUGCAGCGACACUCCCCAUCCAACCUGACAGAGCUUGAGAGGAUCUGCAGAGAAGAAUAGGAGCAACUCCCCAAAUACAGGUGUGCCAAGCUUGUAGCGUCUUACCCAAGAAGACUUGAGGCUGUAAUCUCUGCUAAAGGUGCUUCAACAAAGUACUGAGUAAAGGGUCUGAAUACUUAUGUAAAUGUGAUAUUUCAGUUUUGUAUUUUUCAUACAUACUAAAAACCUGUUAUUGCUUUGUCAUUAUGGGGUAUUGUGUGUAGAUUUAUUUUAAUCAAUUUUAGAAUACUGCUGUAACAACGUGGAAAAGUCAAGGGGUCUGAAAACCUUCCGAAUGCAGUGUAGGUCUACUCAACAAAUCUCUAACGCAGAAAUGGCUUUACUACCAGUACCAGGCCACAGGUCCUACAGUACCACCUGUCUGUCGGCCCUAGACCUACACCCCUUCUCUUCCCUGCAGGACUGUGACAAAUGUAGUCUUCUCUUUCAAGAGAAUACGGCACAUGCAUCAUCUCAUGGACAAGUAUACUAGUCGUUCAUGAAUCUAUUGAUUAACCUUGGAUUUAGCCUACUAAAGGAACAGAGACUGCCUUGUGUAUUACCAAUGAUGAUAACCUUGCUUAUCUGGCAUGUUAAGAAAAUGCUUCUUAGCAUCUUCACAAUAUUUAGGCCUCAAACCACAUAUACAUUUAUUCUGUUUAAUAGUAUCAAGCAUUUGCACUUGUGUGUUACUAGCUAGCAGGCUGUGUCCUCUGAUAGCCGUAGGCCUCUGUCUGAGGCAGGGUUCUCUGGGGCGCUCUCACGGGCCUCCCAGCCUUACAAUCUUGUCUGUUUUCCUCGGUAGCAGCCAUCCACAAGGAGCCUUUUGUGUCAUAGAAUGCUCCAGGAAAUCAUUUACAUUUCAUGCGUUCUGUCUGGUUUGUGUUUGUGUAUGUGUGUGAAGAAAAGGGGAUUUGCAUAUUCUCUUGUGCUGUGAAUAAUGCUACCAGACGCUUGUGUGCACAAGAGUAGGAGUUUGCAAUUGUUUAAAGGCCAUCCCAGUAUGGGGCCAGCUGUUGAAUAUGGCUUGAAGCCUCCCCCCUUCUCUCUUUGCUAUGCAUCCACAGGAAACAGGGCCUUUCCUGCUCUUCAUUUGGAUUCCUCUCUGAGAUAUAGAAAUGAUACAUUGUCCACGCUUAUAAAUCUACUCCAAACUGCCCUGUAUGUAGCUCUGUCCUGAAUGUCUAGGACUCAUUCUCCCAGUGUGACUGAUCCCCCUUUUCUCUCAUUAUUCUACAGUCCUUUGCCUCUCUGCGUGAGCUGGUAAAGAUGGUGAAGCCAGACAUCCACACUCUGGCCCAUCACCUGAAGCAGGAGCGGCUGUAUGUGGCCUCAGAGAAGCAGCUGAUCCAGCGGCUCAAUGGGGACGUGCUGAAGACUGCUGAGAGGCUGUACCGUGCUGCCUGGAUCACCAAGCAGCAGAGGAUCAACCUUGACCGUCUCAUCCUCACCAGGUCAGCAUGGGGCCCCCACAGCUACUGUUACACCAGUGCACCUCAUUGACAUUGAUCCAAUAGUAGAAUAGAAACUGUUCUAAUAGGAACUCUCCAUUAAUGGGCAAUUUAAAUAUAUUUGACCUUUAGUGAACUAGUAACUUAGUAGUCCUGAAGUAGGAUCCCACAGUAUUAAACUGUCUUAUCUUCCUGAUGUGAUCAUCUUAUUUGUGGUAGAUCCUGCCAAAUACAAACACGGUGCAUGCCAGAGCCAGCUGAGUACUAUUUAGAUUAGCAGGUCAAAAUGGAAAUUGCAAGGAAUCAGAGGAGUCCUGUGAUCAGCAAGAAUGUCAUACAAUUACAUGUCACUCCAACAACUAAUCAACAGCCCAUUGUGGCCCACUGUUGCCCAUUUCCAGCCGCUGGUUUGUGGAGCCUUCUGCUCUUGUAAUUAAAGCUCUCUUUCCUACAGUGCUGAGGCUUCCCCGGCCGAAUGCUGCCAACAUGCCAAAGUGCUGGAGGACACACAGUUCCUGGACGGCUACAAGACUCUGGGCUUCCAGGAGACCAUCUAUGGGGAGUUCCUUGGCCGGGUGCGGGAGAAUCCACGGCUGGUGGCCUCCUGCCUGGUGGCUGGGGAGAGGCUGAACCAGGAGCACACACAGGGGGUCAUUUACACUGUCUUUACCUCACUCUACGGCAACUGUAUCAUGCAGGAGGAUGAGAGCUACCUGCUGCAGGUGAGCAGCCCGGACCUCUUCUGAUUUAUACACUUGUACUAUAAACAUGCUAGUCACACACAGCCAAUAGUCAGUUGCACUCACCAAAUGCACAACAGCCACCUGUUACUAAUACUGUUACAUAUCCCCAUAGGCAGUGUGAUCAGGCAGUUAGUUUCUAACCUCUGCACAGCUAAAGCUGAUGGUAACACUGCUGCUGUUUCUAUCAAUUCCAGGUCCUCCGCUACUUGGUGGAGUUUGAGCUGAAGGAGAGCGACAACCCUCGGAGGCUGCUGCGUCGAGGCACGUGUGCCUUCAGCAUCCUCUUCAAGCUCUUCUCUGAGGGGCUGUACUCAGCCAAGCUCUUCCUCACUGCCACCCUCCACGAGCCCAUCAUGCAGCUGCUGGUGGAGGACGAGGACCACCUGGAGACGGACCCCUCCAAGGUGACUGAGCGCUUCACGCCGGCCCAGCAGGAGCGCCUGUUUGGGGAGAAGGGCUCAGAGGGCUACAGGCAGAAGGUGGCGGCUGCUGUGGAGGCCAACGAGGCCAAGCUGGUGACCCUGGUCAACAAGUUCAUCGGCUACCUGAAGCAGAACACCUACUGCUUCCCCCACAACCUGCGCUGGAUUGUGUCUCAGAUGUACAAGACGCUGUCGUGCGUGGAGAGGCUGGAGGUGGGUGAGGUGCGGACCAUGUGCACAGACCUGCUGCUCACCUGCUUCAUCUGCCCAGCCAUAGUCAACCCUGAGCAGUAUGGCAUAAUCUCAGAUGCCCCUAUCAACGAGGUGGCCCGCUUCAACCUCAUGCAGGUCAGUGGACGACCCAACAGACUCAUACAUCCACACUACUCUUAUAUUGACGGCUUAUUGACAGUUUAUUGAGUACGAAUCCUGUUUUAACUGUUAGAUAAUAAGUCAAAAUAUUGUUACCUUACUUUCCCUUGUAUGUAUCCUAAUCAUUAUCUUUGUCCUGUAGGUAGGGCAGCUUCUUCAACAGUUGGCAAUGGCUGACGAUGAUGGAGACCCCAGGAGGAAAAACAGUUUGGCCAAGUUCGAUAAGGUAAGAUCCUCAAACACACAUCUUAAUAUGGAACCAGUUUGCCCAUGGGGUAGCUUUUAUUACAUUCUUAAUACAUGUUUUGCUUCUUGCCUUAUUAUUGAAGUUGACUGUCUGGUUGUGUCAUCUCAGAGCUGCGUAGCUGCCUUCCUGGAUGUGGUAAUCGGAGGGAGAGCUGUGGAGACACCGCCCAUGUCCUCCAUGAACCUACUUGAAGGCCUUAGCAGGACUGUGGCGUACAUGACACACAGUCAGCUGCUCUGCCUGGUACGCUGCUGAUCUGACUGAAUGUUAUAUGGGUUAUAUAUUAUAGUUAGCUUAGCCUACGAAGUGUAUACACCCAUGUUUUAUACAGGCAGCAGUAGAGAUUUCUAUGUUACAGAAAAUGUACUUGACAUGCCCAGACUUGUCAGACCAGAAAGAGAGACAUUUCACACAUGUUGUUGAGAGUGCUGUUCUGUUUUAAGGACUGGGAUUAGGGUUGCACAAUACUGGUAACUUUCCCAAAAUUCCCAGGUUUUCCAGAAAUAUGGUUUGUAAAAUUCCAGGAAUCAAGAGUGAAUAAGCAGGAGCCCUAACUGGGCUAUACUGCAACCCUAACUGGGCUGUACUGCAACCCUAACUGGGCUGUACUGCAACCCUAACUGGGCUGUACUGCAACCCUAACUGGGCUAUACUGCAACCCUAACUGGGAUGUACCAUACUCAAGUAUACAAAGUAUUCUCACAUAUUCCUGGAGUUACAGUACAGUGGCUCCUCCCUUAGCUACCUUUCCUUAUAACAGUAGUGUGAUAAGCAACAAUUACCUUAGCUGUAUUCUGCAUAUUAGCAUGUCUCAAGCUCCACUUUUAGUUUAAUCGUGAAGCAGAGCCCUGUACUUAUCACCCGUGGCAUAAGUUCUCCACCAGCUUACAGUGGGGGAAAAAAGUAUUUAGUCAGCCACCAAUUGUGCAAGUUCUCCCACUUAAAAAGAUGAGAGAGGCCUGUAAUUUUCAUCAUAGGUACACGUCAACUAUGACAGACAAAAUGAGGAAAAGAAAUCCAGAAAAUCACAUUGUAGGAUUUUUAAUGAAUUUAUUUGCAAAUUAUGGUGGAAAAUAAGUAUUUGGUCAACUACAAACAAGCAAGAUCUCUGGCUCUCACAGACCUGUAACUUCUUCUUUAAGAGGCUCCUCUGUCCUCUACUCGUUACCUGUAUUAAUGGCACCUGUUUGAACUUGUUAUCAGUAUAAACGACACCUGUCCACAACCUCAAACAGUCACACUCCAAACUCCACUAUGGCCAAGACCAAAGAGCUGUCAAAGGACACCAGAAACAAAAUUGUAGACCUGCACCAGGCUGGGAAGACUGAAUCCGCAAUAGGUAAGCAGCUUGGUUUGAAGAAAUCAACUGUGGGAGCAAUUAUUAGGAAAUGGAAGAAAUAAAAGACCACUGAUAAUCUCCCUCGAUCUGGGGCUCCACGCAAGAUCUCUUCCCGUGGGGUCAAAAUGAUCACAAGAACGGUGAGCAAAAAUCCCAGAACCACACGGGGGGACCUAGUGAAUGACCUGCAGAGAGCUGGAAGCAAAGUAACAAAGCCUACCAUCAGUAACACACUACGCCGCCAGGGACUCAAAUCCUGGAGUGCCAGACGUGUCCCCCUGCUUAAGCCAGUACAUGUCCAGGCCCGUCUGAAGUUUGCUAGAGUGCAUUUGGAUGAUCCAGAAGAGGAUUGGGAGAAUGUCAUAUGGUCAGAUGAAACCAAAAUAGGACUUUCUGGUAAAAACUCAACUCGUCGUGUUUGGAGGACAAAGAAUGCUGAGUUGCAUCCAAAGAACACCAUACCUACUGGGAAGCAUGGGGGUGGAAACAUCAUGCUUUGGGGCUGUUUUUCUGCAAAGGGACCAGGACGACUGAUCCGUGUAAAGGAAAGAAUGAAUGGGGCCAUGUAUCAUGAGAUUUUGAGUGAAAACCUCCUUCCAUCAGCAAGGGCAUUGAAGAUGAAACGUGGCUGGGUCUUUCAGCAUGACAAUGAUCCCAAACACACCGCCCGGGCAACAAAGGAGUGGCUUCGUAAGAAGCAUUUCAAGGUCCUGGAGUGGCCUAGCCAGUCUCCAGAUCUCAACCCCAUAGAACAUCUUUGGAGGGAGUUGAAAGUCUGUGUUGCCCAGCGACAGCCCCAAAACAUCACUGCUCUAGAGGAGAUCUGCAUGGAGGAAUGGGCCAAAAUACCAGCAACAGUGUGUGAAAACCUUGUGAAGACUUACAGAAAACGUUUGACCUGUGUCAUUGCCAACAAAGGGUAUAUAACAAAGUAUUGAGAAACUUUUGUUAUUGGCCAAAUACUUAUUUUCCACCAUAAUUUGCUAAUAAAUUCAUUAAAAAUCCUACAAUGUGAUUUUCUGGAUUUUUUUCCCUCAUUUUGUCUUAGUUGACGUGUACCUAUGAUGAAAAUUACAGGCCUCUCAUCUUUUUAAGUGGGAGAACUUGCACAAUUGGUGGCUGACUAAAUACUUUUUUUCCCCACUGUAGCUAUUCAUGCAUUAUUAACAACAUCAUUAUUAGGUUCCACAUAGAGACUAGGAUGUGAGAGAAUUAAAUCAUAUUGUUUUCAGGUGGACUUUGUACGGAGUGUGAUGGCAUGGGACCACCUCCGGGAGGAGGAGCACAUGCUCCUGGAGACCCUAAUGGCCAAUGUGCCCCAGUCCCGCACGGUGAAGAGCAACAGUCUGGAGCUCACCCCCUCCAACACCCCCCAGCUCUCCCCAGCCACCACCCCCGCCAACAAGAAGAACAGGAACUUAGGUACCUACCUUCCUCCUCAGCCUCCACUAUUGUUACUGUUACUGUACACCUGCAGCCACUGGCUUUCUGACAGAUAGAAUUACAUACUGCUUAAUGAUGUACGUUGUUCAUCUCCAGUACUUGUCAUUCCCAUUAUAGGAUGUCUUUUCAAUAGUGUAUUUCGCUGUAACUGAUGGCACCAGUUGGAGAGUUCAGUUUGAAACUUCACUGAAACCAGCCUUACUGUAUUUAUAUACUAACUAUAGGUUGUUUCUUUCAUGGUAAUAAAUAACCAGGUAGCUGGAGUUGUAAUGGCUGCCUUAGAAAGCCCCUGUUAUAUAGGAAGCUAAUGAGGUUCUGGGACUGUUAUACAGGUAAUUAGCAGCUUCUAGAUUGGAGCGCCAUUACAGAAAUGACAACCAAUUAAAUGACCAAAUAUAAAUGAACCCUUUUUAAUUGGUAUGGAUGGAGAAAUGUACACCUUCCUCCGUCAUUCGAAAUACAUUAAUUAAAUGUGAAGGCACAACAUCUUCCACCAUGAAAUAAGCCACUUCAAGCUGCCCUAAAAUAUGAACCUUUUAGUCAGAUUUUAAACUGUUUUAUACUGUUGCUACUCAAUAUUUGCCUUGUAUACUCUUUCACCUUCAACCUUCUUCCUUCCUCCUUUGCUGCCUGUGAACAACCAGGACAACAGUUAGCAACGUCCUGGGACUCCACAACCACAACCCUGUCUGCUCACAUUCCAUUAGUUACCCCUUUUGGUAGGUAGCCUGCCAGCCCUGUGAGGCUGACUAGAACUAAAGCGUGUGUUUGUGCCACUGCCAGUCAUAAACAUACAGUACCAGCCAUGCUUAUAGCCAUGUAGCUGCAGUCCCACUGCUUCACCACCAGAUAGAGCUAGAUGUGCUCGUGUCCAUGUUGUUUUCACCAUGCCUGCUUCGCCCUGUGCUCUCGUGUUGUUGACAUCGUUUAUACCUGGUUGUCUGCUGAAUGUUUUCAGCUUUUGGCUAAAGAGAGAUUGGAGUUGCUGAUGUUGGGAUCUUGCAUCCCUCUGUUUGAAAGCAAUGCAUGAUAACCAUACAGAGCACAAUGUAGGAACAGAUUGUCAUCCUGUAGAAAUCCAUCAGGUCAGUCAUUAGAAUGGUAUGCAUGCCAUGUGCAGAUUGUGAUGAGUAUGGCUCCUUCACUGCAUUUGGCAUGCACUUGUGAUUUGUGAACCUUAUUUGAUGCACUCAUUGACCUGUAUUACACUCUACAGGUUACACAGCACAGGUUAUGUAAGCAGGGCCUAGCAAAAUAUUCAGUCUCUAUUAGGAUAGAUUAAUUGAUUUAAUGAUUAAAUGUGAGAUAUGAGUACAAUCUUUCUGUUCACUGCAAUACCUCUUUCACAAUGCAAAACUGAAAGGUUGGGAGCAACUAACAGGUUGGGAGCAAUUUACAGGUAAUCUAACUAGCAAAGCAGUCUGUAUGUGUAUAGAUGGGUGUUUGUACAUUCGGUUGUUUUAUAGUUAGUAUAUAGCCUGCUUUUUGCUUUUAUUGUUAUAAUUGAAACCGAUCCCAGUCUUUUGCACACUCUGAAUUUCUGUUAAUAAGUGAAUAUUACAGAGUAACUCCUCGUCCCCUGCUAACCCUGAAUCUGUUAGUUAGCCUCAUCCCCUGUCUGUCGCUCUGCUCCCCCAGCAGCCUCCCGCAGUCGCAGCCGUACUGAGCUGGCCCAGCAGGGGGAGGCAGAGGCCAGCUCUUUGGAGUCUCUGCAGGAGGUGAUGCCAGAAGAGGUGCUGGUGAUCUCGCUAGGAAGCAGCCCGCAGACCAUCCCCGGCAUGAUGUCAGAAAAUGAGGUAACUAAGGAGCCUGGAACAUGAAGAUUAGUUCAUAAUGCAGAUGUGCUGUAAUACAAUUCCACACAACAGUGGAAAUGUAAAGAUCAAUUACUCUUACUUAACAGAUAUAUUUGUCAUUAUUGGAAGCCCACAUUAAGCGCCAGGAUGGCAGUAACCAGUGCUGUUCUCUCUCAGGUGUUGACCAUGCAGCAGACUGAUGGGGCACAAGGGUUCACUCCUGCAGAUGACACCAAGCACCAUUGCAAACCAGACAAAACCCUGCGUUUCUCCCUCUGCAGUGACAACCUGGAGGGUAUCUCAGAGGGUCAGUGUGCUAACAGCCCACAUACCCUGCUCACUCAACAGAAUGUGUUCAAUGUUUGACCAUGGAAUUAGGUUUAUAAUAGCUGUUAGUUAUUACAGUUUAUCUGUUCUUAUGUAAACAACAGUAACUGUUCAUGUACCACAAAAAGAGGAUUCAAAAGAGGACUUUGUGUAAUCUGAUGCAUUGUAGUUAGAAAUGUCAAAAUGUAAUUGUUUUCUUUGCACAGGUCCGUCCAACCGGUCUAACUCUGUGUCGUCACUGGACCUGGAGGGAGAGUCUGUGUCAGAGCUGGGAGCUGGGCCAUCAGGAAGCAAUGGGGUGGAGGCUCUACAACUGCUGGAGCAUGAACAUGGUGUGUUGUGUGUUGUGAGAAAUCAUCAUCAGCUAUAUCAACGUCAGGGAUCAUUCAAUUGAGCCGUGAUAACAUUGUCAUUAUCCCUAACCCCCAGCCACCACUCAGGACAACCUGGAUGACAAACUGAGGAAGUUUGAGAUCCGAGACAUGAUGGGCCUGACAGAUGACCGGGACAUCUCUGAGACUGUGAGUGAGACCUGGAGCACAGACGUGCUGGGCAGCGACUUUGACCCCAACAUGGACGAAGAUAGACUGCAGGAAAUAGCUGGUAAGACAUACAGUACAAGUCAAAAGUUUGGACACACCUACUCAUUCCAGGGUUUUUCUUUAUUUUUCCGAUUUUCUACAUUGUAGAAUAAUAGUGAAGACAUCAAAACUAUGAAAUAACACAUAUGGAAUCAUGUAGUAACCAAAAAAGUGUUAAACAAAUCAAAAUAUAUUUUAUAUUUGAGAUUCUUCGAAGUUGCCACCCUUUGCCUUGAUGACAGCUUUGCACACUCUUGGCAUUCUCUCAACCAGCUUCAUGUGGUACUCACCUGGAAUGCAUUUCAAUUAACAGCUGUGCCUUGUUAAAAGUUAAUUUGUGAAUUUAACUUUAAUUUCUCUACGAUAAGCCGCCUCCAACGUCAUUUUAGAGAAUUUGGCGGUAUGUCCAACCGGCCUCACAACCGCAAACCACGUUUAUGCCGUCGUGUGGGCGAGGGGUUUGCUGAUGUCAGUGUUAUGAACAGGGUACCCCAUUGUGGUGGUGGGGUUAUGGUAUGGGCAGGCUACGGACAAUGAAUGCAAUUGCAUUUUAUCGAUGGCAAUUUGAAUGGACAGAAAUACCGUUAUGAGAUCCUGAGGCCCAUUGUUAGGUACCUGUGACCAACAGAUGCAUAUCUGUAUUCCCAGUCAUGUGAAAUCCAUAGAUUAGGGCCUAAUACAUUUAUUUCAAUUGACUGAUUUCCUCAUAUGAACUGUAGCUCAGUAAAAUCUUUGAAAUUGUUGCAUUUAUAUUUUUGUUCAGUAUACAUCAGAAAAUGUAGCACAAUACUGUCAUCUUGUGGUGUGUUGGAAACAGCAUGGUAUGGCUUCCUCUCCAUAAGCAGGCCUGCACUGUAAAGCACCCUUGAGGACUUAUCAUUGCUAUUUAUUUUUAAAACUUUUUUCAGUGAUGUUUGGAUGGGUGUUCUCUUGAUUGAGGUCACUCUCUUGAAUGCCCUUUUUGAAGUUUAGCUAUGGGUAGAUAGUUAUAUGUGGGUAGAAAAUGGGCACGUCGGGCUCAAUCCCAACUUAAGAUCCUUAUGCAUAACUAGAAUUUUCCCAUUGAAACAUUGAUGCAUGAUUUCAAUGAAAGUAUGAGUUCCAUGUGUGCAGCUCAUCAUUAUAUCUGCAAUUCAUCUAGCUUGUAUUUCUUAGAUGUUUUUUUUUUUGUAAUAGUUUUUUAAAUAGUUCCAUUCAAUGUAGUCUGUGGUCACAUUAUUCUGGAGCCUCCCACCUAUUUAGCUAAUUGUUAAAGUAAGGACAACCUUUAAUGUUCUUUAAAGGCGUCUGAGUGCAUCCCAGCCGAAACAGUUCAGUAGAGUUUGUGCAUAUAUUAUGAUGACAUUUUGGACUUCGGUGAGGGUUUUUUCGGUUGUUCGGGCACACAAAACAUUUUCUGGAGGCAAGCCGAAGUUCGUAGUCAAAGUCUACGCCCCUUCGUCGGUGAUUGGGCAACAAUAGGGAUUCUUCAAUAAAGUCUUUGUUGUCAUUCAGUGAGGGACAACUCGUUUUCAUGCACAUUUUCUCAUUGAAAAAUACUGCACCAAACAUAUUAGUUAGAUGUAAAUUUGCGCAACUAAGAUUUUAUCUGGCAAAAACGUCUGAAUUAAUGACAGAUUUCUUGAGUUAUCUUAGAUGGAUUCUGACUAUUUGGGGAAGUGGCUACGGCAUCUCAGUCUCUGCAGUCUUAUUGACCUUGGUUCCUUCUCAUUAGCAUCCACCAUUUUUCAUUCCUCGGAAUAUGGCGUUGGGGGACUUUUCCAUCAUUAAGUGAAUUUACAACGGUUUCCUUAUGUGUUUUCUCCAAGGGAUUGGGUUAUGAGAUGCACAUUAAAUAUCCAUUAAUACCUCAUUAUCCCACUGAUAAGAUUACCAUGAUAAUGAGGCAGACAUUCUAAUUGUUUCACUUCUUGUUGUGCCACUCAUUUAAUCAUCCACCUGAAAGACAAGUGCUCUGCGCCCCUACCUUGGAAGACUGUAAACAUGGACAACAGGGUAGAGCUCUCCUGCCGCUAGAAAGGGCCCUGCCCCCGCCUCGCAGACUGUUGCCUGGGCACUGGCACGCUCGCGCGCCCAUGGUGUGUGUGUGUGUGUGUGUGUGCCGUGAAGUGGAAACAUGGCGUACCUGGGAGUGUGGCUACCACGGGUCGACUCAUGAUCCGCACCCCGGCCACCAUACUCACACCUGCUAGCUCUUUCCUCUCCUCCGCAUUCUUCCGCCUUGUUAACCUGCCGCAGCAUCCCAAAUGGAAAUGGAGGGACGUCGUGUGGAGGACUUUGUGGGAGGGUGGGUGAGGGGUAAUUUGGUUGUGAAUAAUGCCCGACUUAAUCAACAGCUCAAAGUCAUGGCUCAGGAGGCGGGGGUGGGGUGAAAUAUUACCAUUGGCACAGUAGUGUGUGUGCCUUUGGGCCCAGCAUGAAAUGCCAGUGACCCCAGGCUCUCUCUCUGUGUCUGUCUGUGCGUGUUUGCUCAGGGGCGGCUGUAGAGAACAUGCUGGGCAGCCUGCUGUGUCUACCAGGCUCCGGCUCAGUGCUGCUAGACCCCUAUGGAUCCACCAUCUCAGAGACCACCAGCGAGGCCUGGAGUGUGGAGGUCCUGCCCAGCGACUCAGGUGGGUUCAGUGUGGAGAAGGGGUUAUAGGGGCUGAAUGGAGUCUCCUGUCAAUUUCACAACUUUCUACACAAAUUUCCCAUGAGUUUCUAUGUAGAUUUAUUUUCUUGUCUUCCUCCAUGCAUUGCAUCUGCCUGAGUCAAUCCAGUAGGUUUGUGUACUGUAUGAAUCUCCGUGUGUGGGCGGACAUGCCAGGUGUGGCGUCUCCCAGUUCCAUAUCAAGGAAGUGGGUGCAAUCUGUCAUGUUUGUGUGCACUAGCCUGUCUAUCAGGGCAGAUCUGCCUGUGACAGUAAAAGGCAGCUCUGGGUUUCCCCAGAGGAACCUCCCAGGUGUGUUUGCACCUGUAGUGGAGGAACAGCCAUGAGGAAAUGUGCAAGGACUGCAGUUGUCUGCUGGCGACAUCCUCUCUCAAAUCUGUAGGCAUUGCAACACUCUUCUGACAGUGGUGUGAAUGUGGUCCCAUUGCAGCAAUUACAAACCAUACCUUAAGAUGAACAGCAAGAAUCAUAUCAAUCUUACACUGUCUGUUCUUUAGUUAAGGUACGUAAACCCUUAUGUUAGAUUACGUUAAUCCCCUUGAAAGUCAGUGUUUCAUGAAUAUCAGUAGAGUCCUCUAAUAAAAGCAUAACUAGUGUUUCUUGGGAAUGCCCGGACUGUUAAUUGAAGUGCACCAUUGCAAUAUGUGCAGUGUUAAAUUGACAUGCAUGAGUGUCUUGAUUACUUUUUGUUCCGUUUGCUGCCCCUGUUCUCCUCUGUAAUAGGGCUAUCUGAUGCUCGCUUGGAGUUGAGCGCUUAUUUCAUGGCUAGGCAGCAGAAAACCACACUCCAAAGAGCACUUCACUAGCACAUUAUUACUAAUGAGCAUGCAAAUGACUACGGCUGUUACUAUGGAGCCUCUGGGUUAAGCUGAACAGCUCCAUUGGGCAGCCACAAAAUGGUCUGGAUUCGACUUUUCGUUUUUCUCUUUAUCAGUUGUAGAUGGUUUAUUUGCUUUCGUGCAUAUUAACUUUUCUUAGCUAUUACUUUAUCCUCCCAGCGAAGGGAGAGCAAACAUACAACAAGGUAUACAGUGGCUUUCAUAGGCCUAUUUUAGGCUGCAUACUGUAUGCAAGAACAAACCACAUUGAUUAUAUUGGGAUGUGACUGUGCUGUGUGUGUGCCUCCCCCUCCAGAAGCCCCAGACCUGAAGCAGGAGGAACGUCUACAGGAGCUAGAGAGCUGCUCAGGGGUGGGCAGCACCUCCGAUGACACAGAGGUCAGAGAGGUCAGCUCCCGGCCCAGCACCCCAGGGCUCAGCGUCGUCUCAGGUACCCUGCACCUAUAUCACUCAUUGAAGCUAUGCGGUUACACUCUACACAUCAGCAUUCAUUACAUAUAAAACACAUAGUGGGAAAUCAAAUAAAAGCAACCUAACCAGUCAGUUACAUAGAAUAUAUGCAGGCUAGUUUAAAACCAUAUUGGGAGUUGUCUGUGUUAGUUGGAGAACCGUCAGAUAAUGCUAAAUAGCCAGGACAAUCAGGUCGGUGUGAGAGAGUGGAUAGGACACAGAGGUUAACCCUGGCACUCUGUACUGGUAGCUCAGGUGAACAGGCCGUGUUGACAUGGUUGCCGUAGCAUCCCAGAUUAAGAGGACUGGGCUGGUGCCCACGGCUGAGCUCCUAUAGGAAAAUGUCCCGGAGGGGCCGGGCCGAUGGAUAGGCUCUGUCUGAUUAUCACUCUUAUUGCAGCUCUCUGUGUCUCCCUCCCCACCCAUGGGAGCUCCUGCUACCAUAUUUAGAGGUCCCAGUGGGUCCAUUUGUCAUAUCCUCUCAAUACAGUGUGUACGCUGUCAUGCUGUUACCUUUCAAAUGUCACACAUUCAAUCCCUCAGAAUAGGAGGUAGUCAGCCAAACCAAGUGUUCCACCAAAUGUUACCAUCUCCUGCAUGGCAGACUUUUGAACAGACAUUUCUUCUUCUGCAGCGACAUCAGAAGACAUCCCCAACAAAACAGAAGACCUGCGGUCGGAGUGCAGCUCAGACUUUGGGGGGAAGGACUCUGUGACCAGUCCAGAUGGGGAGGAGUCGUCCCACGGUAGGAGAGAGGGAAGAGUCACCUCCCCCCUGGCCUGGGUGUGCCAUCACUACACUGUCAUCAGCAAGACCUAUCAAUCCCUGUCUGCUCUACAGCUGAGCAGCCACAACCACUAACAUGCUGCUGACCCUGUUGGAAUCUUUCUGCUAUGUUUUCAGACCAUAUUGCUCAAAUACAAAGCAUGGGUACAUGAUGAUGAUGAUGUUAACUCUCUUCGAUAAUACAAAGCACAGAAUAGCCAUGAACAAUUAUAGUAGAAAGUGGCUCUCUGUUUAGUGUAUGAAUGUCUUUCUUAAUUCUCAAUUUCCCCGCUUGUUGUUUCAGGAGCACAUCACAGUUUGGCCUCUCCUCCCUCUCAGGCAGACUCCUUACUGGCCAUGUUCGAUCCCCUCUCCUCCGGCGAAGGUAAUUUCUGCUCCCACAAUGCUCUGGGGUCUUUGCUGCGUCGAGUGUCCAAUCAGACCUGGAAAUGAGCAUCAUUAAGUCGUGUCUAAUGGCGUGGGCUCACAGAACAGCUUGAGCUCUGAGAAAUUAACCAAAAGAGUCUUGCCCCAAUUAUUGGACAAAACAUUAGUGCAAUAAAAAUGUCUACUGCGUGGGAAUGUCAUUUCAAUUAGUUAAUUUAGUUUAUAAUAUUUCCUUUGUGGUUUGCUCUUUGUUCUCUCUGCUCUUGGUAAAUUGUGGCCCUGUCUUGCUCAGUGUUGUUGUGAGUGGAGGAGGAGAUGGCUGGAGAGGGAGGGAGCUAUGGCAGUGGCAGGGCUGUGUGUCUGUGGCAAGGUGAGGGGAUGACAGGUUGAGAGACCUCACCCCAGGCACUUUGGCACAGUCCCCUUGUCCCACUGUGCUCAUGGCACCAGGCUGCCAUUGGAAGCGUUUCAGGAGAGAGAAUCUACCCUUGGAACAGGUGGCCUACCCACACCUAGGGCUUGUCUCCCACCAACCUCUCUCUCUCUAGCACUUUCCCCCACUUCCUCAUUUUAUUGCUGUUCUUUUGUUUCUGGACACUGGGUAAUUGAGAGAGUGUGAUACACCCCUAUGUAUUAAGCUGUAUAACCAAACUAAGCCAUGUUUUUUUGUCUUCCACAGAUUCCUCCACUGGUACCAUCGUGAGGCCCAAGGUGCACUGCGCCAGGCCCCUCCAUCCUCCCCCUGACCCUCCCAUCCCAGAGGCCUGUGCCCUGGGCCAAGAGCCCCGCCACUCCCUGUUCACGCCCCACUGCCUGGCCCAAGCCGAGCUGGAGCACACCAAGCAGCGCCACUCCUUCCCAGACAGGCUGGUACGCAGCCGCAGCUCUGACAUUGUGUGCCCAGGACGCCGGCCCACCAGCGACCCGGGCCUCAACCGCAGGGCUGCAGCCGAGGAGCGGGACCCUGCCGGGGCCUUCUUUAUGGGGCCGUUCUCGUCUCCUAGCAAGGACUCCCUGAAAGGAGAGGUGAGAGCUGCUGGUCAUCGCUGCCUGUGUGUCACGUCAGUCAUGUAUGCUGCUCUCCAAGCCUAGUUUUAGACCUACUGCUCUAUAACAAUAGUCUAAGUAUGAACUCUACUGUAAGACUUUCUUUCCUGUCCUACCGUACAGUAUGUCACUAUGGAUUCUAAAACAUACUUGAAUGUCUGUUUUCCAAAGGUUGAGGAGAGAAAGGACAGUGAUGAGGAAAAGUCAGAUCGCAACAGACCGUGGUGGAAGAAACGCUUUCAGUCAGCCAUUCCCAAAGGUAAGGAAUCACUUCUACAACUACUCUCUUCCCCCUCCAUCACUGUGUCAUUUUGGCAUGCUGUCUGUUGCAACAAAUGCUUUUAGUGGGUUGAACAUUUUGACAAUUUGUUAGAGAAUUGCAUGGUUCCUGUGUUCGUACAUUAUUUUCACUCUUUCAUGAUCAUCUCUUAAUCACAUCUGUUGCAGAAAAUGUAGAAGUGUUUAAGACCUGUACUUUAACUGUUUGUAAUGUGAGAAAGAGAAGGAUGAUGCGUCAUCACUCCACUUCAAAUACUGUUUGUUGUUGUUGAAAGUUACACCAGACAAGUCUUUUCUCACAUCUCACUUGCGCUAGAUUUAUUUUUAGUUUGUAAAACGAAUCAGUCAUGAGCGGGUGUAGAUUGUGCGGUGGUACCCCUCCCAGCAGUCCUGUCACCCCCAGCCUAAUGGUCAUUAGAUAGACCUCUCUGUCAUCACCGCUGAUAGAUUACACAUCUCUUGUUGCAGUUAAACUCCAAAACCAUCUCUCAUAGAAGUGUCAGGAAAAGAAUGAGCUGUGCCUACAAGAGAUGACUGUGUAUUACUCUUUUAGAUAAUGAUGUUCCUUUAGUCAAAAUUAACAUUUGAUGAAUAAAGCCAGAUCUGCACAGAUAAGUGUAAACUUGUGAAGUCCACAUAAAGGCCCUUCUGUUGGCCUGGCCUUGCUGCUGUUGUGCUGUGAAUACCAUGGUGAUGUGUAGCCCCUCAUACAGAGUGGCAGCCAGGCAGACUGAGUGAGUGAAAGGCCAACCUUGUCUGUUGUGUUCCUCACACAGUGCUGUAUUGGACGGCUGAGAGUGAAGUCCCAGGUAACACGUCCCAACACUGUAACUGUCACCAUUGAGCUAGCUGCCCUGACGCCAGUGGCUGAGUGCUGUAGGUCAUGACGCUUGUAGACGUGGCCCUUGGUGAUAAAGCUGUGAUGUGACAUGGUGCCGCCUGAGUUGAUGUCUCCGGCUCAUCAUUCAUGCAUUUGUGUUGGGUGUUUCCGUUUUUCUUUUUGCACUGUACUGUAAUGUUUGCGAUACAACAUUGUGAGCCAAUGUUAGUGGAGCGCACAGAAUGGCAACCCAUUUAGUCUAAUCAUUGCUAGUCCUCUCUCCACAUUCUCUCUCUUUUAAAUAUCAGUCCUGUAGGAUACGUCUGUUAUCUGGACACAGAUCCCCUGUUUGUCUAGUUGACACAUUAAUAGAAUGAGCCUCACCUGCUUAUUUGCAGAAAUACACUGCUCAAAAAAAUAAAGGGAACACUUAAACAACACAUCCUAGAUCUGAAUGAAUGAAAUAAUCUUAUUAAAUACUUUUUUCUUUACAUAGUUGAAUGUGCUGACAACAAAAUCACACAAAAAUUAUCAAUGGAAAUCAAAUGUAUCAACCCAUGGAGGUCUGGAUUUGGAGUCGCCCUCAAAAUUAAAGUGGAAAACCACACUACAGGCUGAUCCAACUUUGAUGUAAUGUCCUUAAAACAAGUCAAAAUGAGGCUCAGUAGUGUGUGUGGCCUCCACGUGCCUGUAUGACCUCCCUACAACGCCUGGGCAUGCUCCUGAUGAGGUGGCGGAUGGUCUCCUGAGGGAUCUCCUCCCAGACCUGGACUAAAGCAUCCGCCAACUCCUGGACAGUCUGUGGUGCAACGUGGCGUUGGUGGAUGGAGCGAGACAUGAUGUCCCAGAUAUGCUCAAUUGGAUUCAGGUCUGGGGAACGGGCGGGCCAGUCCAUAGCAUCAAUGCCUUCCUCUUGCAGGAACUGCUGCCACACUCCAGCCACAUGAGGUCUAGCAUUGUCUUGCAUUAGGAGGAACCCAGGGCCAACCGCACCAGCAUAUGGUCUCACAAGGGGUCUGAGGAUCUCAUCUCGGUACCUAAUGGCAGUCAGGCUACCUCUGGCGAGCACAUGGAGGGCUGUGCGGCCCCCCAAAGAAAUGCCACCCCACACCAUGACUGACCCACCGCCAAACCGGUCAUGCUGGAGGAUGUUGCAGGCAGCAGAACGUUCUCCACGGCGUCUCCAGACUCUGUCACGUCUGUCACAUGUGCUCAGUGUGAACCUGCUUUCAUCUGUGAAGAGCACAGGGCGCCAGUGGCGAAUUUGCCAAUCUUGGUGUUCUCUGGCAAAUGCCAAACGUCCUGCACGGUGUUGGGCUGUAAGCACAACCCCCACCUGUGGAUGUCGGGCCCUCAUACCACCCUCAUGGAGUCUGUUUCUGACCGUUUGAGCAGACACAUGCACAUUUGUGGCCUGCUGGAGGUCAUUCUGCAGGGCUCUAGCAGUGCUCCUCCUGCUCCUCCUUGCACAAAGGCGGAGGUAGCGGUCCUGCUGCUGGGUUGUUGCCCUCCUACGGCCUCCUCCACGUCUCCUGAUGUACUGGCCUGUCUCCUGGUAGCGCCUCCAUGCUCUGGACACUACGCUGACAGACACAGCAAACCUUCUUGCCACAGCUCGCAUUGAUGUGCCAUCCUGGAUGAGCUGCACUACCUGAGCCACUUGUGUGGGUUGUAGACUCCGUCUCAUGCUACCACUAGAGUGAAAGCACCGCCAGCAUUCAAAAGUGACCAAAACAUCAGCCAGGAAGCAUAGGAACUGAGAAGUGGUCUGUGGUCACCACCUGCAGAACCACUUCUUUAUUGGGGGUGUCUUGCUAAUUGCCUAUAAUUUCCACCUGUUGUCUAUUCAAUUUGCACAACACCAUGUGACAUCUAUUGUCAAUCAGUGUUGCUUCCUAAGUGGACAGUUUGAUUUCACAGAAGUAUGAUUGACUUGGAGUUACAUUGUGUUGUUUAAGUGUUCCCUUUAUUUUUUUGAGCAGUGUAUAUACACUUACUGUAUAUAUUGAUCUUUUAUCAUGUGUAUAUAUAUCUAAGUGAUAUUAUUUCUCCAUUGCGGUCUGGCAGUCACAUUAUUUCAGCCAUGUUGGUUUUAUUUACCAUUUGCUAUUCCUUUGCUAUUAUCAUGCAUUAAGAAGAUGGAUAAUUCUCCUUCGUUUUGUUCAGUGAUAUGACGCUAUGCUACAGUAUGCAUCUCUCCUCUGCAUUGUUAGUCAAAAAAUACCUUGUAUAAACCACAGUAGAUUUGUGAAACACCUGCUGUCACUGCUGUCAUGAAACACUGCUGUGUGAAGUGAGUCAUGAUGAGACUGUGGUCCAGAAACGGUGAGAGGAGAGCGUAGCUGCACUUUUCCUAGCUCAUUCAUUAUGCCCUCUCCACAGCUCCGAUAGCAGCCUUCCGGAAAAGGGACAAGCAGGAGAAAGACGAUAUGGGCCAUGAACGUGUCCUACAAGGUCUGUCCUGAUUUACUGUCGUUACACUCAGAUAUUGCUGAAUCAGGGGGAAAGGAAGUGGGCAUGUUUCCCAUGGUGGGUUUAAUCCAAAUGUGUCCUUUGUGUGUGGUGUUUCGUGUGUGUGUCAGACGACCCUAUGUCCAGGACCUCCCAGGCCCAGGCAGCAGAAGACAUCCUUGACAAGUACAGGAAUAUCAAGAGGACCAGUCCCAGUGAAGGAGCCACUGCUGCAGUCUACGACACCACAGGUCAGUGUCUUUCUCACUCAGGUACACCCACACACACACGUCAAAUUAAUUUGAGCGUGUGAAUGUGUUGUGCACAGAGUUGUUUGGAGAGGAGUGUGUGCAUGACUCCCCCAGAGACGAAGCUCUGCAGAACAUGUCCACAGACGACCUGCCAGACUCAGCCAGCCAGACGGCCCAGCAACACCACUCCUUCAAGUUCUCAUUCAGGUCAGUCAACCCUCACCAACUCACACAAAUCACACCGCUAGGAUUAUGAUAAUAGUAAUUAUAAUAUCUUUGUUUAUUCAUCAGAUUUCAGGCAAUGCUUAAUUAGCCAGAAGUGCUUCAGAGGCAUACAAAAUGACAAAAGACAGAGUGAUAACAGACUGUCAAACCAAAUCUACAUUUGGCAAUUUUUUGCUCAUAUUUUGCAGUGAUGCAAAGAAGAAGUUGAGACUGGCCUUGUGUUCAGCAGAGUCUGUGGCCUUCCCCCUCAUGGCUCCUGCCACCACACGCAAUGGGCUGCCUGACCACACAGACUCUGAAGGUACCAAACAUACAGCUGACAAGCUGGUAAAAAAUCACUGGUAAUCUGUUGUGCAAACUAUCAUCACUGUCCAUAUUAUAUCUGGCCACAAUCAUUCCUGUAAGUAAGCCAGCCCACUACACGUUUACCAGCAGGACACGACCACACACAAUAGAAAGUGACAUCCUUUGAAAUGGUUACGUUUGAAAUCCAUAAGACACAGUCUCUGUAGUCAUCAGUCACAUCCACAUGUCAGGGGGGAGCAGGGCAGGCUGAUCUGAUUACAGCAGCAGCCCUUCUCCCAGCGUCUGAGUGUCUGACCUACCGCCGUCUCCCUCCCGUCUCCUUCUCAGACAACGAGAUCGUGUGCUUCCUGAAGGUCCAGCUGGCGGAGGCCAUCAUUCUGCAGGACAAGAACCAGAUGGCCCAGAUCCAGGAGACCACACGCUGCGUCAGCCGCUUCGACGCACGCACCUGCAGGAAGCUGCUGGCAGCCAUUGUUGAGGAUUACAGGUAACUGUGGAGGAAGACAGACAUGCUGCCGAAGGACCAUCACUGCACAUUCACUGCUUCUACUGCAAGGACAUAGUUCUGUGGCAUAGUUGAUUGUAUUGUUUUGUUUAAAAUAGAUGUAUGUAGGUCUAUUUGAAGGGAUAAAAUCAACAUUUUGGUAGGCUGUCACUGAAUGUUGUGAGUACUGACUUAUUUCAGUGGUAUUAUCUCAUAUCAACAUCAUUUUGUCACUGUCACUGAACACAACUGUUAGUAAGCAUAAUCCAUAAUGCCUGUGUGUGUGUCCGUCGUCCCCUUUGGUAGGAAACGGGCACCCUACAUUGCGUAUCUGACUCGGUGUCGGCAAGGCCUGCAGACAUCCCAUGCCCACCUGGAGAGGCUGCUGCAGAGGGUGCUGAGGGACAAGGAGGUGGCUAACCGAUACUUCACAACAGUCUGUGUUCGCCUCCUACUGGAACACAUGGAGGCUAAGUCGUUGGACUUCAUCAAAGGUCUCUGCCGCUUAUUACUGAUACACCCCCUGUGAUAUUGUAACCAUGUAUCUACUGAUGUUGUCUCUGCUAGAUGAUUGUUCUCUGAAUGGCCAUAGUAUGGAAUUAAAAAUACAGACACUGAAAUUCAACCUAACUACCUGCACCACAUUGCAGUGCUUCAAUCUGUAACCUCUCUAAAAUACUGUAAGUGCCCAGUGUGUCUGUAUCUCAGGUUCCUCCCCCAGCCUUCCAGGGGUGCAUAGUGCUCAGUGUAUCUGUCUCUGGUCUCCCCCCCCCCCCCCCCCCCCAGCCUUCCAGGGGUGCAUAGUGCUCAGUGAGUCUGUCUCUGGUCUCCUCCCCCCCCAGCCUUCCAGGGGUGUAUAGUGCUCAGUGUGUCUGUCUCUCGUCUCCUCCCCCCCCAGCCUUCCAGGGGUGCACAGCGUCAGACGACAAGACUGCGGCGGUUGAGGACUUCCUGCGCUACCUAUACGGGGCCAUGGCCCAUGAUGCCAUCUGGCAGUACGCCAGUGAGGAUCAGCUGCAGGAUGCCCAGAUGGCCAUCGAGCGCAGCGUCAUGAACCGCAUCUUCAAGCUGGCCUUUUACCCCAACCAGGACGGGGACAUUCUGAGAGACCAGUGAGUGACGGUGACUGCCGCCACCUCACCUCGGUCAAACAGCCCCAGCCUUGGUGUGGCUGCUGCCCCUCAUGCCUCAUGCUAUCAAAUAACCCAGAAUCCUCUCCUCCUCUGAUGCUACUGUAGCAGCAGUAUCUUUUACAUAUUUGAAUAACCAAUACCCUGUAUUGCUAUGGUAUGUGUUUAUCUUAGGCUACUGUAUCUAUUGCUCUCUAAAUCCGUUUUCCCUCUCUAGGCUUCUUCAGGACCACAUAGUGCGUCUCUCAAAAGUGGUGACAUCAAAUCACAAAGCUCUUCAAAUCCCAGAGGUAAUGCCCCACAGAUUUGUAUCCCCCAACUGUCCAUCAAAGUCUGAGAUGUUUAGUUUUGUGUUGAUGUUUAGGAGCUCUACAGAGUUGACAUGCUGAAUGCUUUUUCCUGUGUGGCUCCAGGUGUAUGCGAGGGAGGCUCCCUGGCCAUCUGCCCAGUCAGAGAUCCGGACCAUCAGUGCCUACAAGACCCCUCGGGACAAAGUGCAGUGUAUUUUACGCAUGUGUUCCACCAUCAUGAACCUCCUGAGUCUGGCCAAUGAGGACUCUGUCCCCGGAGCUGAUGAUUUUGUCCCUGUGCUCGUCUUUGUCCUGAUAAAGGUGAGCAUCCAUCGCAAACUGAUAUCAAGUUACUCUGAGAUGUUUACAUCAACAUCAUAUUCACUUUAGGUAAUGAAAAUUGAUACCUCAUUAAACCUUAUCUUUAAUUUCACUAAAAUGGUUAGUGAAAUGAUAGGCCUUGCUAGAAGUAUGACCCUAGUCUCCUUAUAAUGCAGAGGGAGAAACGGAAUCCUUAGCAGAUGUUCUAACAAUCCUUUCUCACCUAGACAGCUGUAUAGUAAAUGUGUAGUAGCAUAAAGAUCUUGCUGUAUGAUAACUUGUAUGGACAUAUUUAGAUAGGGCAUGUAUUAUACAUGGCCUGGCGUGUGGCUCUCUCCGUGGUUACUGUGAGCCCCCUCCCUCCAGGCAAACCCGCCUUGCCUGCUGUCCACGAUUCAGUACAUCAAUAAUUUCUAUGCCAGCCGGCUGAGUGGGGAGGAGUGCUAUUGGUGGAUGCAGUUCACCGCGGCAGUGGAAUUCAUUAAGACCAUCGACGAUCGCAAGUGAAGCAGAACAGCCACCUGUAUGGGCAGAAGGAGACGGGACUGGGAGACUUCCCAACCAACUGCUCCCUCUCCCUCUCCCUCUGCUUCCCACUUCCACAAGGACUCAGGCCCACACCCUGUCUGUCUGCUCUCUGUUUAUAUAGCUGUACAUAGAGUCAGAGACUGAGAGUAUAUAUAAUUAUGAAGUGGGCAAAAUCCAGGUUUUACAGUGGAGAAAAAGGCCUUGGAAAAAUGGCAGAUGUUAACUUUGAACUUAAACUAAUUUGAAUUUUUUCCUUUCAUCUCUUGGUCUCCUUACACAUGGUGAGGUGUGGGGGUCUGUAUCUGAAAUGUUCUCUUAAGUUAUGAUUCUGCCAUUAAAUUGACUGGUAAAAGCUUCUAAUCAGAUGAAAGGGGACCAUGUUUCCUAGAGAUGAUCUCAGAUAUAUGUUGUGGCAGGGGACUUCAUGAAGGUGAGGGAAGUGCUUCCUUGUUAAAUUGUGCAAUCUUUCCCCUGAAAUACUUAUGCUCUUCAGAUGCAUCGUAUCCUGGGGAAUCACAAAACUCAAUAGAUACUGACUGAGUAUUAGUGACUCAAGUACAUUAUAAGAUCAAUCCAUAAUAAUAAUGCUAGUGUUUCUAUUUUUAACGCUAACACAUCAAUAAUAGGGUAGC